AGUAUUGUAAAAGCUGGUGUGGGGAAAUCGGGGAAAAUGUGAAAAUUUAUCAAAUUUUAUCAGUAAAAUUGGUGAUUUUGGUGCAAAAGAACUGAUAGGAAGUUCAAUUAAUAAAUCAAACCUGCCAGAGUGUGGCAAAGAUCCCCCGCAGUUAAGUGGAUUUAGGGGGAUUGCAGGCAGGAAAAUCUCUGAAAGUAAAGGAAUUUGGGGGAAUUGUUUUGUGAAAAUGUAAAUAAACUUUGACAUAGGAGUGGGAAACAAUGGAAAAUAUGCCUCUGAAGGAUUUCGAAAUGAGUGAUUCUGAGACUGAACUCCUCCUGGAUGGUCGGGAUGACGGGAAUUUGGCUUCCUCCGGGGUAGGAUACCGCAACAGACGGAGAAAUCGAUCCUGCUGGUCCUGCUGCAAAUUACUUUUCUGCGGAUGCUGGUGGUGGCUGUGGCGGAAAUGGUUUUCUCCGAAGGAAUUUCGUUCCCGGACAGUUCACAUUGGGAAACAUUGUGACGAGAAGUUUCCUCCCAAUGAGAUCCGGAAUCAGAAAUACAAUUUUAUCACAUUUCUACCUUUGGUGCUAUUUGAGCAAUUUCGCUUCUUCCUCAAUCUCUACUUUCUCAUCAUGGCACUGAGUCAAUUCAUUCCGGACAUCCGUAUUGGGUAUCUGUACACCUACUGGGGACCACUGGGCUUUGUUCUUGCUGUGACAAUCUGCCGUGAGGCCGUCGAUGACUUCAGGCGCCAUCAGCGCGAUCGAGAAGUCAAUUCGCAAAAGUACCGACGCCUCGUUGGGGCAGAUCGUGUCCCAGAGAUGGUCCCCUCGUCAAAGAUAAAAGUCGGUGAUCUCAUAAUUGUCGAGAAGGACGAACGUGUCCCCGCGGACUUGGUCCUCCUGCGUACAAGUGACAAAAGUGGGGCAGUUUUCGUGCGAACUGACCAACUGGACGGUGAGACGGAUUGGAAGCUGAGGCUAGCAGUUCCGGCAACGCAGAAGCUUGCCAGUGAUUCGGAGCUCUUCAAUCAGGGCGCAAGUAUCUACAUUGAGAAACCACAGAGGGACAUUCACUCCUUUAUUGGGACCUUCUCCAAGGAAGGCUCAGAGGAGGAGAGUCUCGAUGUGGAGAACACACUUUGGGCCAAUACUGUGGUGGCAGCGGGUACAGCAACGGGGAUUGUUGUGUACACAGGCUGUGAGACACGCAGUGUGAUGAAUAAUUCGCAGCCACGCUCGAAGAUUGGGUUGUUGGAUUUGGAGAUAAAUGGCUUGACGAAGGUGCUGUUUUGUGCCGUAAUGGGAUUGGCAUUGGCUAUGAUGUGUCUCAAGGGUUUCAAUGGGCCAUGGUAUCGCUAUAUGUUUCGCUUUGUUCUCCUCUUCUCCUACAUCAUUCCCAUUAGUUUACGCGUGAACCUUGACAUGGGGAAAGCCUUCUAUUCGUGGCAAAUACAGAAUGACCCGGAGAUAAGUGGAACUGUUGUGCGUUCAACGACAAUCCCCGAAGAAUUGGGGAGAAUUUCGUACUUGCUGACGGACAAAACGGGUACAUUGACGCAGAAUGAGAUGGUCUUUAAGAAGAUUCAUUUGGGUACGGUGGCUUAUGGGAAUGAUUCAUUUGACGAGGUGGCAUCAACCAUUCAGAGUAUUAAUGCGCAACAGGAGAAGCCCGAUGUGACAAAUCGUACCACUGCCAUGUUUGCAAAUACACGAAUGCGACGUCCUGAGGGGUGGCGUGCGUGGGAGGCUGUUAAGGCGCUGGCGUUGUGUCACAAUGUCACUCCGGUGUAUGAUGCAGACAACAAACACGGGGGGAGUGAUAAGGAUUCCCCGAGUCGUUCAAUUGACAUUGAAAGCCCGGCAAAGCGUGAGGUUGUGUACCAAGCUUCGAGUCCCGAUGAGAUUGCUCUUGUCAAGUGGACUGAACAGGUGGGCUUGGCUCUUGUUGCGCGUGAUCUGCAGUCAGUUACAUUGCAAUUGCGUAGUCCACACUACGGCAAAGAGGGCUCAAUGCGAAAGUAUCCGAAUGAUGGGGGAAGUAUUGAUACAACAGUGACGAAUUUAUCUGCCGAUGGAUCUCGUGUGGAUCUAAAUUCACCAUCGAGUAGCAGUACAACGUCCCUCAAUUCAAUUCUCGGUGGUAAUCUCAUGCGCUUCCAGAUCCUUCAGGUGUUCCCCUUUACGAGCGAGAGCAAACGCAUGGGGAUCAUUGUGAAGGAUCUGAGUAAUGGGGAGAUUACGUUCUACCUCAAGGGUGCCGAUGUGGUGAUGUCAUCCAUUGUGCAGUACAAUGAUUGGUUGAGUGAGGAAAGUGGGAAUAUGGCACGUGAAGGUCUCCGGACACUUGUGGUGGCGAAGAAGAUUUUCACAGAGGAACAAUAUUGUGACUUUGAGACACGCUACAAUGCAGCCAGGCUAAGUGUGACGGAUCGUUUCACGAAGGUGGCGGCUGUGAUUGAGUCCCUUGAGCGUGAGAUGGAGCUACUGUGUCUCACGGGUGUUGAGGAUCGUCUGCAGGAUCGUGUGAGGCCCACAUUGGAGCUCCUACGGAAUGCGGGCAUACGCAUUUGGAUGCUGACGGGUGAUAAAUUGGAGACGGCAACGUGUAUUGCAAAGAGUAGUCAUCUCGUGGGGAGGAAUCAGAGUUUGCACGUACUCAAGAGUGUCCUCACGCGUACAGAUGCGCAUUUGGAGUUGAAUCAAUUUCGCAGGAAGCAAGAUUGUGCCCUUGUGGUGUCGGGAGAGAGUCUCGAGGUGUGCCUGCAGUACUAUCAGAAUGAAUUUAUGGAAUUGGCCACAGCAUGCCCGGCUGUUGUGUGCUGCCGAUGCAGUCCGACGCAGAAAGCGCAGGUUGUGUCGCUGAUUCAGCGCUACACAGGGAGGAGAACGUGUGCCGUGGGUGAUGGGGGGAAUGAUGUGAGUAUGAUUCAGCAAGCGGACGCAGGGGUGGGUAUUGAGGGUCGCGAAGGGCGUCAAGCAUCACUUGCGGGUGAUUUUAGUAUCCCGCAAUUUGCUCACAUUGCCAAACUCCUCCUUGUUCAUGGACGAAGGGCGUACAAGAGGUCGGCGGCAUUGUCACAAUUUGUCAUUCAUCGUGGUCUCAUCAUAUCCACAAUGCAGGCAGUCUUUUCGGCUGUCUUCUACUUGUCAUCUGUGCCACUCUAUCAGGGCUUCCUGAUGGUUGGCUAUGCAACACUCUACACCAUGUUCCCGGUCUUUUCGCUCGUACUCGAUCAGGACAUUAGUGCCCACAUUGCAGUCACAUAUCCCGAGCUGUACAAGGAGCUGUCAAAGGGACGGAGUCUCAGCUACAAAACAUUCUUCAUGUGGGUCCUUAUCAGCAUCUAUCAAGGUGGUGUCAUAAUGUACGGAGCUCUCGUACUAUUCGAAGACGAAUUUAUUCACAUUGUGGCAAUAAGUUUCUCAGCACUCAUCCUCACAGAACUAAUAAUGGUUGCAUUGACGAUAAGAACGUGGCACAGGCUAAUGGUUCUUGCGGAAAUCUUCAGUUUAAUUCUCUAUCUUAUCUCCCUGGCUGUCCUUCAUGAGUAUUUUGAUUGGGAAUUCAUUUGGUCGUAUGACUUCGCAUGGAAGGUGUCAGUUAUCACGCUAGUUUCGUGCUUACCUCUGUAUAUUAUUAAAUUCCUCCGGAAGAAGUUUUCACCGCCAUCGUAUUCAAAAUUGACAUAAAAAAUGCGGAGGGAGUAAACAUUAAAAUAUGUUAACAUUUGUAUUAAUAAAAAGAAGAGGAAAAGAAGAUAAAAGAAGAUAAAAGAAAUGAAGAAGAAUAACCCCAAAUAUUUUAAAAUAUAUUUUAGAAGAACACACAAGAAAUAUCGACUGAUUUGUUUAACAUAUUUCUUUCAUUUUUUUUUUAAAUAUUACCACGAAUAGAUUUUAUAACACUGAAAAGAAAAUCAAUCGUCUAAGUGAUCGAAAUAUUAAUUAAUUAUUACCGCACAGAACCGCUUUUUUGUCACCAAAUUAUUAUUUUUUGUUUUUAUCUAUAUCUUUGUGAUAAUGCAUGAAGAUUUUUUUUUAAAACUAAACUUGAAGCAAGAAAAAUAAAUUUAGCUGCUCUGGAGGAAAUAUGCAAAGACCUCAUUAAAAUAUUUCUUCAUUCACUUGGCACGAAGUAAGAGUCAGAAAGAAUUGUAGAAGGAAUGUGCAAAGUUUUUACAACUCCAUAAGUCUUCACCUUAACAUUAAUGUAGUAAGUGUAAGAAGAAAAAGAAUUAAUAAAAUAUAUUUACUGUUAAUUUAUUUAUCCAGAAAGAUGAUAUAUUAAAAUAAAAGUAAUAUUUUUAUGAUCCUAAAA